CGGACGCGCAGGGUCUGUCUCUCCCCCACUGACCCCCCAGUUUACCUCCGGACCAGCCUGGAAUGGACUACCCAGCCCCCCCCAGCAGCCUGGACGGGUUUCUGGACUUUAUCUGAGCUCUGAGGUUCUCUGGCUGAUGUCAGCAGCAUGGCUGAGAAGGAGCCCGACACGCCUGGGAAACUAAAGACAUUAUUAUAGCUGUUUGGGAACAGGGGGCCGAUCCGAACGGACUGCUUCUCUUCCCAACUUUCCACUCGGAGUAUCAUGGAUGGCAGAGAUUUUGGACCUCCCCGAUCUGUCCAUGUUCCUCCUCCGCUGCUUGCGGGGCUCGCCAUGGAGUCUCACCGGCUCGGAGCAGCAGCAGCAGCCGGGAGGAUCCCUCCCUCACCCGGGCAUCCGCCGCCUCUCCACUCCGGGAAAUUCUUGCCAUCGGCCAUGAACCUCCAUCCACACCACAGUGAAGCCUUCCAGACAGGCUCCAGUCCCUACCUGUCAGGUUAUCCAGGCCCCUCCUCCCUGACCUCUGACCCCACCUACCGAUCAACCAAUCCCAGCAGUCUGCAGAUGGCUCAGCUCUGGGCAUCACAUGCUCAUGAAGGGUACCCUCACCUGCCCAGCAGCCUGUACUCCAGCCCGUACCUGUCCCUGGGACACCUGGACCCUCCGUCACUGUCCUCUCAUCCUCUCUACGACUCACACAAAGACGGGUUCUACAUGCCGGCCUCCUUCAGCCAGCUGCCUCUCCACCCUCCAUCCGCCCCCCACACUGCCCCAUCCAGCUCCACGCCCCCGCAGAGGACGUCCCGGGACGCCGGGAGGGAGCGACACUACCGAUGUGAGAGGGACAGAGAAAGGGAGCGGUCGAGGGAGGAGCAGAGGCCGCGCAGCGUGGUGGACCUGACGCAGGACGGAAGGAGCGAGGAGGAGCGGCGGGGGAGGAGCGGGGAGCGGGACUUGGACAGGGAAAGACACGUUUGGCCCCUGAGUCCUCAAUCGAACCCGCCGAAACCACAACCCACAGCGGAGCACAGACCCCGGCCGUCACCUCCUCAGCACGCCUUCCCUUCAGGAGGACCCGGGGGAGGAGGCAUGGGAGGAGGUGUAGGCCGGUUUCAUGGACUGGAGACAGACAGAGGGGGCCGGGAUGAGGAGGGGGGCUCUCGAGCCCACAACCACAGCUCCAACAACCCCGACAGACAAAGAAGGAGCGACUCUGGGGCCCCGUCGGCCGGAACCCAUCACGUCUCCUACGCUUUCCCUCCCCCUGCACUUCACCCCUCCUCCUCCUCCUCCACACCCAGAGACCCAAUCAGAGAGCAGCGAGUAAUUGCUCCCACAUAUGUGCCUUCUGUGGAGGUCUAUGACGAGCGGGCCGGGCCGAUCCAGAUCGCGUCUCAGGCCCGGGACAACAAACACAGAGAGAGGGAGCGAGAGAGGGAGCGAGAGAGGGAGCGAGAGAGGGAGAGAAACAGAGAGAGAGAGAGCUACAGGUUUCCUGAGCGGAGCCUGACGGAUCAUCGAGAGGAGGGUUCUGUCAUCUGUUCUAACGGUUCCUCUGGGAGACGAGGACAGGACUCCUCUUUCCCCCCCAGCCAAUCACGGCUCAGCCCGGAGAGCAGGGACGCCCCCAAACACUCCCUACGAUUGGGCAUAGAGCGGGCAGGGGCGGAGUCAAAGUGGAGUACCUCCAUCAGUCCGUUAGCGAACUAUGCUACGAGUCACAUGGCCGCCCUGGCAGCACAACACGGACACACACUGUCCUCCCCCACACACACACAAAUGUCCCCACACACACACCGCCCCGGAAGUAACACACACUCCAUCCACAGCCACUCCCCCCAAACACACCCCUCCCAACACACAGGUGAGGAGGGGAGCCAGAGACGCUACCUGGACCCCCUCUACAGACCGGGGGGAGAGCGAGUGGGGGGAGGGGCCUCUGAUCAGUCAGAGGUCUCUGCCAUGCAGAGUCUCAUCAAAUACAGUGGGAACUUUGCCUCAGAGAGUCCUGGGUCCUCCAGGCACGCUGCUGACGGCCGGGGACCCUUUGGGGGUCUUGGACACAUUGGACCAGAAGAGAGAGAGAGGGAGAGGGAAAAAGAGAGAGAGCGGGAGAGAGAGCGGGAGAGAGAGAGGGAGAGAGAGCGGGAGAGGGAGCGGGAGAGGGAGAGAGAGAGGGAGAGAGAGAGGGAGAGAGACAGGGACAGAGACAGGGACAGGGACAGAGACAGAGACAGGGAAAGGGUGUCAGGGGGUUCAGGGUCACUCAGGAUGCCCCCCCAGUUGAAGAGGGAGCAGGAGCGUCCCGACAGCGCCCGCUCGUUCGGCCGGGAGGGCGAGGGAGAGGUACGUCAUCCUCCGGUGGGCAUCGCCGUUGCCGUGGCCCGACAGAGAGACAGCGGGACCAGCAAACCGAGCGGUGGACCGCCUGACACUCAGAGGACGCUGCUGCAGACCGCCAUCAAAGACGAGGAGCGAGUGGAGGACCGUGCUCGACAUCAUGACGACCGGCUGCUGGCUGGCCGGCUGGAGCGCGAGCAGGACAAAGUGCUGAGUGAGUCCAAGGAGCUGGCAGACUUCGCUCAGAUGCAUCCCGCCCCGCUGUCGUCCGGCCUGACGCCCAGUAUAAUGACGCCCAGCCUCAUGACCCCAAACCUCAUGGUGACUGGAGGGGCGGCGCGGUGGCCUCCUGACCCCUCAACUCUGACCUCUCACCCCUGGAUGAGCCGGCCCGGAGCCCCUCCAGUCUGGCUGCCCAGCUCGCCGUACGGCCUGGGUCCAUCUUCGCUCCACCAGACCCUCCCCCCAGGAUACCCUUCCUCUAUGCCAGGGUCCAUGCCCCCUCCAUACCAGUUUGCCCGAGACCCUCAGUCUGGUCAGCUAAUCGUCAUCCCCACUGAACACCUGUCACACUACGGAGGCGAUGUGCUGGAUCGUGGAGCCUCGGUGUGGUCGGGGGUCUACGGGACGGGCAGCUCGCUCCAGCACGCCGCCCAGCUGCAGCUCCUCUCCCAGCAGCAGAUCCUCCGGCAGCAGGAGCUGCUGAUGAUCCAGCAGCACACCGCGCAGGUCCUGGAGCUGCAGAGGAACGCACAGCUUGUGGAGCGUUUAAAGGCCAGCGAGCACCGACCCGACUUAGAAGACAAAGCGGACAGGCGUAACGCCGACCCCAAGCCCCGCCCCUCCUCCAUAUCCUCCCAUUCUCCCUCACCCGUCAUGCACCCCCGCAAACCUCCCCCUGCCUCUCGCUCUUCCACCCCGUCCACCUCCUCCCUCACACCGCUGCCUCCGCUCCCCUCACCGGUGACCACGCUGAAGUCCGAGGAGGGCGAGCAGAGAGUGUUGUCUCUCCCACCAACGAUGCCCCUGCCUCACCCACCCUCCCCGCGCUCCGCCUCUCCGCCCCCUUCCUCGCCACGGCGUCCGAAACAGGAGGCGGCUGAGGAGGGGGAGGAGUCACGGAGGGAGCAGAGAGGAGGACAGAAACCGGCCUCUGCGUCCUUUCAGGGAAUCUACUCUGAUCUCCCUCCAGGUUUCCCUUAUCAGUCGGUUCCUUUCCCCCCGUAUCACGUCCCUGCAUCCACUGGAGCUAACACUGAAGUGGUCCCACCACAUCGCUCCCGCUCUCCCGUCCCUGCAGCCCCCCCUCCUCCUUCUGCCCUCCUUCAUCCUCGGCUGCUGGAUUCAGACAUGAAGCCCCAAAAACUGGACUGCUUGCAGACCGGAUCAUUUCCGAAGCAGGAGCCUGAGCAUCCUCGGCUCAACGUCAGAGUAGAACCUCUGGGUCCUCUUCGUCGCAGCGUAAGUCCGGCACUGGCCGCCCCGGAGCAAGACGGAGAAGCGCCGAAGCCGCUACCUCUGCUUGUCCCCAGCCCUAGACCUCAACAGGCCGAAAGACUAGAGACACAGGAGGACGAGAAGACCGGAGGUCACAUCAAGACUGAGGUUUCACCGUACUCCUGCCGCUCAGCUUUUCCUCCGCCUCCUUUGCUCACAGAGGAACCUAAACCUGAGGUCCACACGGAUCCUCAGCGAUACCUCUGCAUCUCUACAGGGACACACAGUGAGGAGUCUGCUCCGUCACUGGAGCUGACAGCCGGGGCCGAGGCUGAACCCGGACCAGCAGGCCCUUACGUGGUCUCACACGCUCCUGUUCAGAGAGACACGCCCGUCUGUCCUCCUCACGCCUCAGACUCCCCGCUGCCGCUCCUCGAAGGUCCAGAGGAUCCCAUGGCCGGGAUGCUCGCUCUGCUAAUGGCCACUGAGAUGGCUCAGGCCCGACCCGGCUCCCCACCCGCCCCGGUUCUUGUACCGCAGACAGAAGACCCCGUCCUGGGUCUGGACUGCAGAGAGGCUGGAGCUCUGGAGAUGGUGGCGCUGGAGGGGAUGGCCCUGCUCAGCCAGAUGGCCCAGAGAGAGAUGGAGCAGAUCAGCAUGGAGAAAGAUCUGACGCUGGACGCUCUAGACUGUCUCCUGGAGGCCAGCAGGCAGAUCCUGUUGGAGGCCAUCGAGACGCAGUCCCACAUCGACCUGUGUCGGACGCUGGACCCCAACAAGAAGUACAGCUGGAGGCAGAGGAAGGAGGAGCCGCUCUUCAGUAAAAUGUCUCUGGACGUCAUGGACGCCGUGGAGGUGGAGUACCGCGUCCGCCUGGCCGAGCUGCAGAAGACGUACAAGGAGAAGCAGAGAGAUCUGAGCAAGCUGCAGAGACGCAGCGACAAGAGGGAGCGCCAGCAGGAGGACGAGAGGCGGAGCCAGACCAGGAGGGGCAGAGGACGACCCAGGAAGAGGAAACACCUGUCCACACCUCCAAAACUGGACAGCCGUCCUGCUCAGAGGACGCUGCAGUACUCCGAGGACUCUGAGGCCGGGGACGGGCAGAGGAAACGCUUCAGGCUGUCCAGAGAAGAAGAGGACACGGAGACGGGGAGCGCUGGACUGAAGGUGGUGAAGAAGAAGAAGAAUAAGAAGAAGAGCUGGAGUGAGCAGGAGCCGUCCACCAGCAACGCCCUGGAGGUGUUAAAGGUGAAGCGUGGUCACCUGUGCGAGCAGGAGCAGCUGGCAUCAGACCUGGACAGAGCGCUCUCUCUCUCACAGCUCAGCUCGCUCGGCUCACUCGGCACCGCUCGCAAACUCUCCUCGGGCUCAAAGUCAGAGAAGAAUAAGAGCAAGUCUGCAGAGAGUCGGAUGAAGGAGCAAGGCAUCCACGCCACCGCCAAUGUCAGGAAACUAAAGACGGCCGCCAAGGCUGCCACUUCAGAGAGCGCCCGAAAGGUUAAAGGUCAGAAGAAGACCGCUCUGUUCUGUCCAAUCAGAUCAGAGCUCAGCAGCGGCUCCAACAACUCAGAUUCAGAGGAGCUCAGUUCAUCUCGAGGGGGCUGGUCCUCUCUCCCCGGGAUGCGUUCCCAUGACAACCUGAGCAGGAAGAAGCGGCCCGCGUCUUCGCCCACGUCCCCGCCGCACGGUCAGAGGCCUCAGAAGAAGAAACACAAGCACUUAUCUCUGCUGCUGGAGGAGGCGGGGCUCAGCUCAUCCGACGACUCCUUCGACCAAGAAACCUCAGAGGAAGAAGAUGGUGAGGAUGAUGAUGAAGAAGAUGAUGAAGAUGAGACAGAGGAUGACAGCGUCUGUGAGGAGAGCGGGCUGGGGCUGCUGGCCAGGUUUGCAGCGAGCGCGCUCCCCGUCAGCUCCACGCCACUGAGCCUCCUCCAUGACGGCAAACAACGCAGCCUGCAAAGCACUCUGGGCUCCUCGGACUGUGAUUGGUCGGACUCUGGGUCUGACCUGCGGUUGAGGAAGUUCCCGUCUCUGCUUCACGGUAAACGCUCGGCUCCUGAGCUCCCCCUGCUUCCGCCUGUGACCCGCCGCCUCAACCAGCCCAGCCCCACCAAGAGGGACGAGUCCCAGCCAAUCAAACGCAAGCCUCUGCCCAAACCCCGCCCCUCGCCCCGGUCUCCAGGGCGGUUCAGCUUUGACCUGAACUCCAGCUGCGCUCUCUGGGGCUGCAGCGAGGAUGAGGGCUGGAACCGCCGACGCAGCGAGAGGAUUUUCCUCCACGACGCCACCACCACGGCCGGACAGACGUCCACGCCACCCUCUGCCUCGACCAGCCAGAGCUCUUCCUCCUCCUCCUCCUCUUCCAACUCCAGCUUGGCCCCGCCCCUCAUCCAGAAACCCGCCCCCAGACCCAAACCCGCCACGCCCAGCAGAGACGGAAAAGACGCAACGAAGAAGAAGAAGCUGAAGGACCCUCCUCCUCCUGUGAGUCCGUCCUCUCCCUGCGGUCCAAUCACAGACGUCCCCGCUCCGCUGAGCCUCGGCAGUCCGACCCAGAAGAGCCAGCCGAGAGCGAAGACGAAGGCGAGAGAGCCGUCCAGGGGAGCAGUGAGCCGGCUGAUGGAGAGCAUGGCGGCGGACGAAGACUUUGAGCCAAACCAGGACAGCAGCUUCAGCGAGGACGAGCUCCUCCCAACACGCGGCGGCAGCAGCAGCAGCGUGUCAGAGCAGUCCUCCACACCUGCUCCGGUUCAGUGUGUGCUGGAUAAGGACUCUCUGGUGGACGGACUCAGAGUUCUGAUCCCGAUGGACGACCAGCUGCUGUACGCGGGACACGUGAACACCGUGCACUCCCCUGACAUAUACAGCGUGGUGGUGGAGGGCGAGAGAGGGAACCGCCCACACAUCUACUGCUUAGAACAGCUGCUGCAGGAGGCGAUCAUUGAUGUGAAGCCUCCGUCCGUGCGCUACCUCCCAGAAGGAACCCGCAUCGCGGCCUACUGGAGCCAGCAGUACCGCUGCCUUUACCCGGGCACCGUCGUCAACGGAAGUUCAGAUGUUGACGAGAAAGAUGACCUCAUAACGGUGGAGUUUGACGAUGGUGACACGGGACGCAUCCCCCUCUCACAUAUCAGACUGCUACCACCGGACUACAAGAUCCACUGCGCCGAGCCGUCUCCCGCUCUGCUCGUGGCGAGCUGCUCCCGGAGGAGGGUCCGAAAAUGCAGCAAAGACGGCAAAGAGGCGGGGAAGAAGCCGGAGGAGGGUGCUCCUAAGAUCAAAGGGAAACCUGGACGCAAACCCAAACCCAAACCAGAGACCUCCAUGAGUCAAGACGGCCGAGAGAAAUCUGAUCCCUCCUCCUGCUCCAUCCAGCCCCCUGACAGACCCCCGGCUCCAUCCAAACCCCCCUCCAUCCAGAAAGCAGCUCACGAGAAGCCCCGCCCCGCAUCCCGCCCAACCAUGCAGGCCAAACCAGGCCGGAACGGAUCCACCUCGUCCCCAACGAGGUCCCCCAGCCUCCCCGGCCUCAUGUCCAGGAAAUCCAGCUCGUCCCAGCCUCCUGCUCCUAAAGCGAGCCGCCCCCUCCCUCCGUCCCUGUACCCCAGCACCUACGGGAAGGUCCUGACCGUGGACCUGUACAGUGAGCCAAACCUGAGCUCCUACACCAGCCAGCGCAGAGACAACCCCAGCAGCCCAACCAACACCAAAACCAUCUCCAGACCCAGUCUGGGGAUGUCCUCCUCGUCUGCACCCAAACCUGGAUCUUUACCCAGACCGUCCUCUGCAUCCAAAACUAAACCCACCUCGGACCACCACAGCAGCUCUAGACCCAGCCUCAGCUGUGGUCUCAGUUCCAUAUCCCGGCUCUCCGCAGGUAAACCCGGCUCCUCCUUGACCCCCAGACCUUCACAGUCCUCUUUGUCUUCAUCAUCUUCAUCGUCACCCAGACCCAAACUGAAGAUCUCUGAGCAGCUGUCCUCCGUCUCCAGACCCAAACCGGGCCCGGGUCCAAGCGAUGUGGGCUCUUUGGUGAGACGCAAGUCUGCUGAGCCCCUCGUUAAGCUCGACCAUGAAGGCGUCACCUCCCCCAAAACCAAGAAAACCAAGGCUCUGAUGCUGCUGGAGGGGCGGGGGGUCAGGCGAGACCACGCCCCCAUCGCCACAGCCAAUCAGAAGCCUCUAAAGGUCAAACCAAGAGCUCCGGAGAGAGAGGCCGUCCCGCCAGAGAAAGACUCUUCAUACAAAACUCCGAGUCUGGUGAAGGAGAAGGUGGAGGGGCGGGGCGGAGCAGGUAGAGGACAGGAGGCGGAGCCAAGAGAGGAGAAAGGGAAGAAGGAGGAGAGGAAGAUGAAGGAGGAGUCUCAGAGCAGCAGCAGCUCGGAGUCUGAGGAAGAGGGAGAGAAAGGGAAGGUGAAGAAGAAGAAGAAGAAGAAGUGUACCUCAAGCUGCUCCUCCUCCUCUUCAUCCUGCUCUGGAUCCUCCUCCUCCUCUUCAUCAUCCUCCUCUUCAUCGUCUUCGUCCACUGAUGACUCCUCCUGCAGCUCAGACGAAGACAGGACACCUACGCCUCCGCCUGGCCCCGCCUCCUCGCCUCCUGCACAGGAGAAACCAAAGGAAGAAACGAAAGAGGAGGAGGUGAAGAAGGAGGAGGAGUUAAAAGUAGAAGAAGAAGACGAAGAAGAAGAUGAAGAAGAAGAAGAUGAAGAAGAAGAAGAGCUUUCUCCUCCCUCACGAUCCCCCUCUCCUUCAUCCUCUCCGACUCCUGCUACUCCCGCUAAACCUGCUAAACCCGCCACCGGGAAGGGAUCCGGGCAGAGGGGCCGUCCCCCCAAACCCAAGCCCAGCGGAGGAGAGGGGAAGGUGGGCAGACCGAAGCGCAGAGAGGGGGUCCACCUCCCCACGACCAAGGAGCUGGCCAAGCGUCAGAGGCUCCCCAGUGUGGAGAACCGGCCCAAGAUCUCUGCCUUCCUCCCGGCCAGGCAGCUCUGGAAGUGGUUCGGGAAACCAACACAGAGACGGGGUAUGAAGGGAAAAGCUAAGAAGCUCUUCUACAAAGCCAUCGUGCGUGGCAGAGAGAUGAUCCGGAUUGGGGACUGCGCCGUCUUCCUCUCUGCAGGCCGGCCCAACCUGCCCUUCAUCGGGCGGAUCCAGAGCAUGUGGGAGUCCUGGGGCAGUAACAUGGUGGUCCGGGUCAACUGGUUCUAUCAUCCCGAGGAGACCAACCCGGGCAAGAAGCUCACAGACAAGAAGAACUGGGACCAGAUGUGUGGACAGUCUCUCCCAGCAGCUCUGCAGUCCUCCAUCCAGAGGAAAGACUUCAUGGAGCGCGCUCUGUACCAGUCGUCUCACAGCGAUGAGAACGACGUGCAGACGGUCAGCCAUAAGUGCCUGGUGGUCAGCGUGGAGGAGUACGAGCAGAUGACUCACACACGCCGCUACGCCGACAGCGAGGACCUCUACUACCUGGCCGGCACCUACGAACCCACCACGGGUAUGAUCUUCAACACCGACGGAGUCCCGGUCAUCUGCUGAACCAGACACCGGAACCAGAAACCGAACCUGAACCCCGGUCCUGGACCCGGACCUGAAAACGAGCCGGAUCUACUUUCAUGAGGGAUGUUUCACCGUGCUGCCCGUCAGACUUUCACAGACGGACACACACACACACACACACACAGAUGUUAAUAAACCUUCAUGGACUCACACACACACACACCUGCACACACACCUGUAAAUACACACCUGUGUGUACACACACUCCUCCGAGUGUUUCACGUCUUAGAGUAACGUCAGAGUACUUUUGUAAAACAGCCGAGAAGCUUUAACGAACUGUGAAGGAGAGAGACGUGGAGACGGACAUGCACGCGGUCAUGUGACGUUGUGAUUAUGAUGUUGCCAUGGUGAUGUUAGUCAUGUGACAGUCCUAUAAAUGUUUGUAGAGAACAGCAGGAGCAAGAGACGCACAGAGAGAGAGGUGAGACUCCCUCCAACAGAAAGCACUUAAAAAAAACACUUAAUUUAACCCUUCGUGUUCCCUCGACAAUCCUUCUUCAGCGUGCACGCCGCACGCCGCUCCGACCUCUGACCCCUGACCCCUCACAGACUGAAGAGAGAGGAAGAAUCCGUUUAAAGCACUUCCUGUUUCCAUCCCCUGAGUUUUGUCUUAAAGGCAAAUCCACACUUAAAGACAUGUGAACACUAUACGAGAGCAGAUCCUUAGAGCGCCGCGGCACAGAGUCUGUUGAAAGGCAUGCUGGGAAAUGUAGGACCCCUUCUUCUCUAAAUGUAAACAGAAGCAGCUGAUUGUGUGUGUGCACGUGGAUUCCUCCUUCACUGUCGGAGGGUUUGAAACAUUGCAGUCUGUCCUCUGGUGUGAGGCGGCCUCAGUGAUGUCACCUCUGAGCGUCCCGUGUUGCGUGCUCCGUGUGUUUCUGUCGCUUCUGACGUUUCGUCCCACGCUUCUUUGGCGUGUUUCGGGCGAACAGUCGUGAGUGCACUUUGAAGGCGCUCCGCUGCAGAGGAGACUCUGUGUUGUCUUCCAGUGAGCAUCCUGUGUUCAUGCUGCCGCUCCUCUGCAUGGCGCCCUCGUGGUUUUCGUUGGAGCAGGUGAACAGACUCACCUGGUCCCGUUCUUCUUCUUCUUUUUUUCCGUCUCGUCGCUGCUGAUGACGUUUUUUCUACGUGCCUGCUUUGACCCGUUCCUUUGGGCUGAAACUUUUGAAUGUCCUGCUCAGGGUUAGUGAGCGUUUGGGCGGCCUUACCGUGAAGAUUAUGAUGCUUUGCCAAAUUCUGUUUAAGCCCCGCCCCCUCCUGCAGAAACGUCCUAUAUAAAGAGAAUCCAUAAUUCCUCCUCCUGGUGUUUGGCUGCAGGUGAACAUGAGCUCGCUUUCUGCAGAGGUUACCAUGGUGAUCCCGCUCUCUGCAGAGGUUACCAUGGUGAUCGCGCUCUCUGCAGAGAUGGCGUGUGAUAGUCAAACUUCGAUUGCUCUGAUCGAUCAGACGGCGGCAGGACGACGUGUGUUCAUGCCGUGAGCAGAGAUGUAGCGACGCCUCGACACCAUCACAAACAUCCAACAGAUUUACUGCUCUGACUUCAGCAUCCACAGGAAGAACCUCAUGUGUGUCCUUUCAAAAUAAAAGCAUACAUUUCAGCAAAACAGGAAAUAAAUUCACCAACCAAGUGUCAAAAUAAAAGCAUCACACAUAUCCGUUAGGAUGACAUCAUCAUGAACCAGCAGCGUCAAUCAUCUGGGGUGGUGGAGCAUAGCAUAGCUUAGCAUAGCAUAGCAUAGCUUAGCUUAGCAUAGCAUAGCAUGCCAUAAUAUAGCAUAGCCCAAUAUAGCAUAGCAUGUGGUGUUGUGGUGAGUGGAGAGCGUCGUUACAUCUCUGGUUGUCUCCUCCUCGUGAUCAGCAGAGUUUCACCUUCAGCUGAGACUCAUUGAAGCGUCCCUCAUUAAAACCUGCAAGUGCAAUGAACAAGAUUUGACCAGGUACAGAGAGACCACACCUGCUGCUCAGAGACAGAGAGGGAGAGAGGGAAACUCUCUGGAGGAGGGGUGUGUAGCUCACGUUUGCAGGAUGAAGAAAUGAUCUGAAUGUUUGUUUACCCCUCGAGCAGCUAAAGCACUUUUUGUGUGUGUGUGUGUGUGAGAGAGAGAGACUGAUAAGACAUCACACUUAUCCCCUGGUAUUACCACACACACACACACACUCACACACACACCUGUGUAACCCUUACAGGUGUGUGUUUGGCCUUCCAGUCUCUAUCAGUCCCGGUCUCCAUCCAAAGCCCAGCCUUAGGCCUCACAGGGUCCAACACGCCGACUCGCCCUCUGCGCCUUGUUUUUAUCGCGUUGGUUGAUUUUAUAUUUUUGAUCUGUUUCACUUUCACGAGCUCGUCUCCAAACGUUCGUCUCUGCUGUGAUUCCUUUUUUUUUUUUUUGCAUGUUUCCGUUUUUUUAUUUUUAUUCCCUUGCUUCCCCUCUCUGAACAAUCGUCCACGCCCCCAAAGCGACCUGCUGACGGGCACCUGGAGCUAGCUGCUAGAAAGAGAGAGAGAGGAAUGGGAGAGAGAGUAUAAGAGAGAAUGGGAGACAGAGACAGAGAGAGAGAGAGAGAGAGAGAGAGAGAGAGGUGGACUGGAGGCUGGUUCUUCGUCUGCUGUUCCUUCAGUAUCGUCGUCUUCGUCCUGUUACAGAGUUAAAAUAGAUUAUUUUGAAAAUCAGAGUUUUGUAAAUGAUCCUUCAGAGUGGAGAGAAGAUAUCAGAGUAUACUUUGUACCAUGUUGAAACGUUUUAGAGAAUCUGACGCUGAAAUAUUCACAUCAACUUCACGUGUAAGAACUGUUCUCCUUUUUUUACAGCAGCCACAUGAUCAGUGUUUCUUUCAACUGUUUUAGUAACUCAGUAUUUUAUAGUCCUUCAAUAAACUGAACAAACCGUC